AUGUGCCUCUACAAAGCCAUCUGGUACUAUGAAUGCCAGCACGUCCGAUUCCAACUCCAUACUCUCUGCAAUGAACUUCUCGACCAGCUAUACCGAAUCAACGAGAUAAUGUCGCAAGAAUCACAAGCAUCGCAAGAUGAGGCCGAGAAACCGGUUAGCUGUUUACCUCGGCUCGUCGCUCCAGAUGGUCUCCUGGUCAUGAAGGAUAAAGGGUUCCAGGACGGUGGAGCAACGAAUAUUAUUCAGUGGGUUACUGACUUGGUUGAUCCGUGUCCAUCUUGUGCUUUGAACUUGAAAUUGCACUUGAAGAAGGAGAUGUGA